AUGGAAUACAGUCAAGAGAAGGAGGCCAUCAACAGCCAUGGCGUCGGGAGCGGCGAACGACGCGGCAGUACCGUCGGCGAGAAGUUGCGUAGCAGCGUCUCCGUCCAACAUACUCAAGAAGGCGCGAUCGAAGGCCAAAUCUUCUCCAUGAACGAUGUCGACCCAGUGCUCGAUGCAAAGAUGCGACUUGUCAAUGAGACGAUUGAUGAAAUAGGCUGGACAAACUUCCACCUCAAGAUGUUCUUCCUCAACGGCUUUGGAUAUGCGGCAGACUCCCUCGUUCUGCUCCUCCAAUCCGUGACUGCGGGCCAAGCAGCUCUAGAGUUCCAACCCUCGUUCACCAGGGGUCUGACUGUCGCCGCGUACAGUGGUAUGCUCGUUGGUGCUCUUUUCUGGGGUCUGGGAGCCGAUGUGAUUGGACGUCGCUUCGCAUUCAAUUGCUCGCUCUUCAUCUGUUCCAUUUUCGCCAUCGUUGCGGGCGCGUCCCCAAACUGGUACGUUCUAGGCCUCUUCGUGGCCUUGACCGCAUUUGGCGCCGGAGGCAACUUGGUUCUCGAUACUACGGUCUUCCUGGAAUUCCUCCCCGGCAAAUAUCAAUGGCUUCUGACCCUCAUGGCUUGCUGGUGGGGCAUUGCGCCUGUGAUUGGGGCUGCAUUCGCUUGGCCCCUGUUGUCACUACCUCAGUAUAUUUGUACUGAGGACGACGACCCUUGUCGGCGCCAAGACAACAUGGGCUGGCGCUACAUCUGGUUCGGUAAUGGAGCCCUUGUCCUGGUCUUGAGCAUACUCCGUAUCACCGUGGUACGCCUCCAGGAGACGCCAAAGUACAACUUGGCCAAAGGCUACGAUGCGGAAGUGGUUGAGACUUUCCAGUCGAUCGCCAAGAAGUACAACCGACCAUGCAACCUCACAUUGGAACGUCUCAAGGCUUGUGGUGAAAUGAAGUCGACGUACGGUGGAUCUCGCUUUGGCUUUGGGGAGUUUAUGGCACAUAUGAGAGGCCUCUUCCAGACCAAGAAGCUGGGACUAAGCACAUCGUUGAUCUGGCUCUCUUGGACCCUGAUUGGUCUCGCAUACCCCUUGUUCUACGUUUUCCUUCCUGAGUUCCUGGCCUCUCGUGGUGCAGAGACGGGAGAGGACUCGCCCUAUUACACAUGGCGCAACUACAUGAUCUCCAACACAUGUGGCAUCUUUGGCCCCGUCCUGGCCGCAUACCUUUGCGAACAAAAGUACUUGGGUCGUCGAUACACCAUGGUUAUUGGCGCUAUAAUCACGAUGGCCUUCUUUUUCGCCUAUAGUGCCGUCAAGACAGCCGCGCAAAACUUGGGCUUCACCUGUGCCAUCUACUUCUGCAUCAACAUCUACUACGGAUGCCUCUACGCAUACACUCCAGAAGUGCUGCCUUCCGCCCACCGUGCAACCGGUUACGGUAUUGCCAUUGGUUGCAACCGCGUCAUGGGUCUCAUUUCGGCGUUCGUUGCCACGUAUGCAAACACUGCCACGAGCGCUCCGGUCUACCUGUGCGCCGCGCUUUACAUUGCCAUGGCCCUUACCGCCAUUGCGAUGCCAUUCGAACCGUAUGGAAAGCGAUCCAUGUAA